AUGUCGCGCCCCAAUUUCGACGAGCUGCUCCACAGCCCCCCGAUUCCCUUCACCCUGAAGAUCCUCGGCAUUCUUGGCGCCUUCGGUUGUGGCACCUAUGUGCUCUUCCUCUUUAUGAUACACCAUUACCAUAGUAUCCGCUCCUUCGCCGCGCUCCUCUACCUGCUCACAUUUUCGAUCAUCAUCCCUUCGGCGGAGUCGGGCUUGCUGAACAGCACGAUGCUGGCCGUCUUCGCCCGCUUUCUUAUCUCACCGAUGGGUCGUGCCUUCCUGUACGUGUUCAUGGGCGGGGUGAUUCUUGGCAUUGGCAUCGGUGGCUGGGUGGUGGGCGUGUACCUCUUCGUUGUCGCCAUUCUCAACGUGAUUGCCGGGUGCUUCCAGUAUGCCUAG